GAAAAGUAAAAUGGCCGCCGACGAAGUGAGUAAACCGAGACAGGGUCACAAAAUGGAUAACCUGUCACGCAUUCCGUCAGCAUCGUGUACAAAAGUGUUUGUGCAGCGGGACUACCUUGAUGGCACUGGGGUCAAGUUCCAGAACAAGUUCCCCCUGGAACUGGAAGGAAAGGUUGAGCGUGGAAGCUUUGAGCAGACCAUCAACAGCUUGAACACAAUGUACGCCGAGGCUGAAAGUCUGGGUGGGAGAACCUACUGUGAAAGCUGCUUUGCCUGUCUCACAGCGUAUCUUGCAUACCUCUGUAUCGAUACAUAUUACGAGAAGUGUCUGAAGAAAAUCAAGCGUUAUAUUGAGACUCAGAAUGAGUCUGUGUACGUCCCAAGAGGGCUGAUGCUGGUGGACCCUGUUGAGAGGGGACUGAGAGUUCUGGAGAUCUGUGUCCUGAGUGAAAAUAACCACCGAUGAUCUGACAGCAACAGGCAUAUCGUUCAUCUUUGAUUUCAUCCUCUGCGUCAUCACCUUCAUCAGUCUUCAGGUCAUGCUGUACCUCUGCUGCCCGCUCUCUACCUGGAUCAGACCUCGUCUACAGACACACUGGAAAUCCUCCCUCAUUUCAUUAGGGACUGACCACUGUAACCCAGGGGCCUAGAUGCCACAACUUGCUGUGCAGAGUUGUGUCCCUUAGUUGCCAGGAUGUGCUGGUUUGGGUUCGAAUCCCAGAUUCACCUUGAUUGUUAUCAUUUGUUUUGUCACCUCAUACCUGUGUUUAUAGUUGCAUCAUAGUGAUAAACGUCUAAGACCUGCAUCACUUUCGGCUGUCCUCAAUAAACUGACAAAAGUUUCUAUGACUGAAAGUAGUUGUAACGUACCAACUCACUCGUUUGAAUAUCAUGUAAUUAAACUGAAAUCUAUUUCCAACAAGAUCUGCUAUCAAGGAGAUGAAUCUUAAGCAAUAGGUAUUAAUCAAGGAUCAGACUGUGAUUGAAGAGAAUGUGUUGUGAAAUGAAUAUCAUCAGUUAUAUGUAGGAGCAUGUAAUUGUAUGUAUUUGAAAUUCUAGCAGUGUAUGAAUUUCACCAGUUGUGCUGCUGUUCUUUAAAACAUAUAGGACUGGGCACGUGUUCAGACAGUUGAACAGCGAUAAGACAAACUGAAAAUCUCUGGUAAUGAUGCAAGAAAUCCAUCAUUUUAUUCAAACCACUUUUGAUAUAUCAGUUUUUGCUGCCAUAGUUAUUAUGUCUGUCCAGUAUAUGAAUUCUUGAACACAAAAUAUGUCGUCUCAAUUCUUCAGGACUUUUUUGGUUUUAAACCAUUGGACUUGUCACAUCAUAAACACUCGAGAUAUGUCACAACUGGGAUUGAGUAUCAGAGGUCAUUGUUGAAAAUGAAAAAUAAUACCGUCAAGAUGGCCUUGUUCACCAUCCAGGGAAACUACAUAAAACCGUGGCUGUAUAUAACUUGGUUUACAUUUUUUCUAGAAGAAACAGGCUUGAUUGGGUUAAAAUACUGAAAAAUUGUUGAACAUGUUUUCUAAAGUGGUCACAAAAUAGUAUACUCAAUAGGGUGAAAAACAUAGGCAGUAAGCAAUGGUAACAGUUAUUAAAGAAGGCUUUCUUUUAUCAGUUUCUUUUCCAUACCUGUGAUCUAUUGUUUUGGUGAACAAAAUUUUGUUUGUGUUGGCGGCCCAUAAAACUAACUGCUCAUAUUUUUAUUUAAUUCAACAUUUGUGAAAUUUGGUGUCAUAAACUGUAAACUGUAGACCAUAAAUCAAAUUGUUCCAAGAAAUUGUUUCAAAUAAGCUGUUGCAUGCUGCUUCACUUAAUGCAUUCUUAAACAAGGGAGGAUCAUUUGUCAGUGUAAUAGAAUCUUGUGACUGAAUCAAACUAGCUGGGAUUGUCAAAUUGCCAGAGCUAUGCUCCCCUACAAGCACCGGUAAUAGGAAUUGUGGAAAUUUGCAAUAUUGUCACUGUAAAAGUCUAUUGUCGCAUGAGGCGACUGACGUGAUGUUCAGGCCUGCUGACACGGUAGAUGCAUGUUAUCAUAUCUGAACUGCAUAGAUUGAUGCUCAUGAUAUUAAUCACUGGACCAGACUUGACUAUUUACAAACUGCUGUCAUAUAGCUGGAAUACAGUUGAGUGUAGCAUUAAACAAACAUUUUUUCAUCAUUUGUUAGCAUGGAUUGACAGGUAUGUUUCUCACUUCAAACAGACUGAUUUACAUACCGGUAGCUGAAUCAUGUGGUACUGUCAGUCUUGCUCCUCAGGCGUUGUCUUUCACAAACUGAAGUGGCAGCCCUUUUUGUGUCAAAAAGGUGCUACCUGUUUCGGAAUUAUCAUCUUUUUUGAAGCAGUAAUAUUCUUUCGUAUAUGAUGGGUUCGUUUAUGCACUGGUGCCUGAGAAUCAAGGUAAGUAGUUUGUACCAUUUUUCAUGUGCAAUUUUCCGCCAUUGUCACACAUUGGAUUUAGUUUUUUGUUAAUGUAGGAGAAUGAAAAUAAUUGUGACUAUGUUUUUCACUUUACCCUGCAUCAUCAGCCAGAUGCUUCACCUGCGCCGUUGAUCCAGCUGUCACGCUCACCCUCCUCAUACUUCAAAUGCAUAGGACUCACGAGUCAAACAGCACUGUCAUUGAUUGUAAUAUUUAUUUGUAAUAUAUCAACUAAUAAAUAUCAUGAUAUAUAUGGAUUAAUAAUAAUGUAUGUGUACAGAUAAACAAAAAUAUUUACAAGGUAUAUAGACCUGCAUUUAAUAAUUUUAAUGCUAGAUAUGAACUAGGUUGAUCCCUUAAAUGUUUUAAUUGGAAUUUUCUGCCUUUUCAUUUUUCGUGUUAAUCAUGGAAGUCUUAAUAAAUAAAUAUGUCUUUGUGGCCGUGAAUGAUUAAUUUAGUAUCAAUAUUCAUAAACUAGUAUCGAUACAGCAUCAAUAUAACAGAUAUACCAGUACUGUGAUAAACGAUGACAUCCAUAAUUUAACUUACGCACUGUGACGUGCUUGGUAUCAGCUUGACUUACUGGGUACUUUUCUUUCAUGUUAAGGGCGGUCGGGUAGCCUAGUGGUUAACGCAUUCGCUUGUCACACCGAAGACCCAGGUUUGAUUCCGGACAUGGGUACAAUGUGUGCAGCCCAUUUCUGGUGUCCCCCGCCAUGAUAUAGCUUGAUUAUUGUUAAAAUCGGUGUAAAAACCAUACUCACUCACUCACUCACUUACUCACUCUUUCAUGUUAAUAGUCAAUUAGUGGACUUAAAACUGUGCCAUGAAAACACUGAACCCAAGAAAGUACGACAUACCAGUGUCUGACAUAUAGCUAACCUUCUAGUCAUGCUAGCUUACACUUUGCUUUGUGUAGGACUUGUGUAAUGAACCUGAACAGGACAAUGAGAGGGACGUUAUCUCAACACUCGUCUAUUUUAGACAAGUCAGGUCAUUGUAUCAUACGCUUAGUCCUUUAUAGAUGCAGGAGCACGGGUGGCCCAGUCGUCUAAGGCGCCGUGAUUUGCUCUACAGAGUUGUGUCCCUUGGGCAAGCCAGAAACCUAUGAUUGUGGGUUCGAAUCCUGGUUUGCCCCGAUUAUGUUUCUUGGUUUGUCAGACCCAUACCCAUGCUCGUGGGUUUCUUCGAAGUGGUAAACGUCUGAGACCUGCAUCACUUGGGCUUUCCUCCCACAUUAAGCUGACAUGCCAUGAUAUAACUGGAAUACUGUUAAAAGUGGCGUUAAACCCAACUCACUCACUCACUCACUUUAUAGAUGCAAUGAAGUGUGUAGAAGAAAUCUACAUGUUCUGUUAAAAUUAAUAUAUGGGAUGCUAAAUAAAGCACCUUCACAAAAAUCAUGAUAAGAAAUGAAUAUUGUCCAUAUUCAACUAUCCAUCAGUUCCAUCAUCACAAGAUGUGUGCUAUUAUCAAAUAUUGCUGUAUUUCAAGCUUGACUUGCAUUGCUGUGCUUGUGUUCCUAGAGUCACCAUACCUAUCACAAUAUUCAUGACUACAUAUUGAAUGUAUCAUACCAAUGUAUUAUGCCAUACGUUAAUGUUAUUUGUGUAUAUGAUAUAUAUAUAAAUAUAUAGUGUUACCCCUAUAUGUUGUGAUUACUGGUAUAUGAUUUGACCUGCAGACUUAACAAUGUAUUCAAAGUGAGUCUUAUCGGGUGCAUGAUCCUUGAUUGUCAGGCUAUCAUAUGUCUCCAUUAUGUAAAGAAUAAUACCCAUUCAACUCCAUGUUACCGGAUUCGAAAUAGGCGAUGUUUAAAAUAGACAUCCACUCAAAUUGCAUUCAUGAGUGAAAGGCAUUCUGGUGGUCAUGACGUCACUUCCUGAACAAAGCAGUAUAUAUGAUAGUGGUGUAUGGUCCAGGGUAUCUAACAUAAUAGAAUGAUGAUAUGGUACACUUGACAAUCGAGGUUGAGAAGUAUGCUGUUGUGGUUGUCAUAGAAUCAUGAAUAUUGAAGCUGUGCUUUAUGCAUAUAAGAUUACUAACAAUCAGGGUACUUAUUUGAAGAUCUCUUUACAAAGGAUGCCUGGUCGUGACUACAAAUACUGCUUAACUCAAAGAACUGAGGCUCGAGAUAAAAAAUCUAGGUUUUAUUUUUUAUGUCAACCUAAGGUAAGAAGCUAUUAUCACAGGCUAACUUGUGCUGUAAACUCAAAUCUGAUUGUAAUUGAUCUGCAUUGUUUCAAUGGACAGUAAAUUUGACAUGAAAUUUGAUCUCACGUCACUGAUAUGAGGAUAACCCUGUAUGUGGUCAGAGUGGGUCCUCAGUGAUCCUGCCUUUUGUACACGUGACUAAUGAUAGUCAGGCUGGGUGACAAGGUUCAUUGCUAGGAUCACUUUUCAUGAUAUCAAUUAUGUCCAAGCAAGCCUUGAUUGUGUACAGGUCACUCUUAUAUGGCAGGGAUAUUGCUGUUAUAUGGCAGGGAUAUUGCUGUUAUAUGGCAGGGAUAUUGCUGUUAUAUGGCAGGGAUAUUGCUGUUAUAUGGCAGGGAUAUUGCUGUUAUAUGGCAGGGAUAUUGCUGUUAUAUGGCAGGGAUAUUGCUGUUAUAUGGCAGGGAUAUUGCUGUUAUAUGGCAGGGAUAUUGCUGUUAUAUGGCAGGGAUAUUGCUGUUAUAUGGCAGGGAUAUCACUGUUAUAAGGCAGGAAUAUUGCUGUUAUAUGGCAGGGAUAUUGCUGUUAUAUGGCAGGGAUAUCACUGUUAUAAGGCAGGAAUAUUGCUGUUAUAUGGCAGGGAUAUUGCUGUUAUAUGGCAGGGAUAUUGCUGUUAUAUGGCAGGGAUAUUGCUGUUAUGUGGCUGGAACAUUGCUGAUGUUAUGGUCCUUAACUUCUUUUGAGUAGUAUAUAAUACUAUGUCCCCUGUAAAGUUUGAUAAAUAACUCAUGAAGAUGGUAUAAAUUUGAAUGAACUUUUAUGAGAAUAUUAACUUCAUUAUAUUACAUUUUUAUUUAAAUGUUCAGAAAUAUUAACUCUCCUAACAUCAGUGUCAAACAUUAUUGUGUACAUGAUUUGUAAUUCGGUGAUGCCAUGAAAUAUCUUGCACACUUUUCAAACUGUGUCUUUAAAAUGAUGUUCAGUUGUUUUUUUCAUAUUAUAUUUAUUUUCAUUUGAUGAUUUAAAAUAUGUUGUGUAAUUAGUUCACUAGAUUAUGUACAAAGGUUAGCAUUCCAGUAGAUAUGAGUGUUGUUAUUUUGUAUAUCAAUUUUGUCAGUAUUUUGAAAUGGAUUUUGUGUAUAUAUCUUUGUAAUCAUAAGUGCUUUGACAAACUUGACAGUCCCAUUGUAAAUAUUUUUUGCACUACUGUUGUCUGUUGAAGGUGGCAGCAUCUCUUUUCUUCUCACUCAAUACUUGAGGAAUGAUGAAUUGAUACAAGAGUCUUCUUAGACUGACAAGUAUAGAUUAUGUAUGUUGGUAAUGUUAGCCUAUGUUUAAGUGAAUACAGUAUUGUUAUGUACAAUUCUUUUAUAAUACUUCAAAAUUUAAGAUAUUUUCUGUUAGAACACAUUUUGGCCUAUGAUGGGAAUGGAUGGCAUUCCUCAAAUAACAAACCCACAAUUUGAGGACAUAAUUUCUGGUUUCGAAGAUGAGGUAAGUGAUACAGUGGAUUGCAGUGCCCACUCAUGUUCUUUAUCUUUGAUUGUCCAGCAACAAAAGGUGUAAAGUCUUCUAUCAUUGCAUCCACAGACGUGCCAGGAGUUGCUGGUCAUCCCAGAUUAUCUCUGAUUAUGAUCCCAAGGUUGACAGCACCUUUCUUGUUCUUGUGGGUUUCACAAACUGAUGGCAUUCAGGGCUAGAAUAGGUCCCCAGCAAUCUAUUCUGGUUAUAAGAGACGCCCAAAUGGAUCAUGGCCAGGCUCACUGACAUGGUUGAGAGCAUGUCAUCAUACUCCCACAACAUGGAUUGUUCACAAUAUCGAUCACUGGAGUGUCUGGUCCAUACUCAAUUAUUUACAGGCUGCCGUCUUCUAGCUGGAAAAUUGCUGAGUGCGGAGUUAAACAACAAUCAAACAAACAUGCACACCAACACUAAGGUGGUAAAACUCUUCCACACUGUGGGCCUUCUUGCAACCUUAGUCUGACUUGCUGUGAUGUAACUGUAAUACUGAUCAAAUCAAUGUUAAAUCCAACUUUCUAGAAUUUGAUAGUCAUUGAUGAGCUUCAAACAGUGGCAUGAUCUUAUGAUAAGUGCUAUUUCAAACCUCAUCAAGUCUUGUAUACAAAAACCAUAAUAGUGUUUAGUAAUAUGCCAAUUUUGUUUUUGUUGUCAAAUGGUUAGUCUUCUUGAUCACCAUUUGACACAUUUCAUUGGCAGUGAAAGUAGCACCUGAUCAAAUGAUUGCUGAUGCUACGGCAAGGAACAGGUUAAUUCAAAUAUGAGUGCCAUAUAUUUCAUGUAUGUUUAUUAAUGAGAAAUGCAUCACUGCAUUGACCAAUGUAGUCCAGUAUACCUUGGAUUGACCCAUUUUGAAAGGAAAUAUCCUCAAGUUGAUUCAGGAAAAGUGGUGAUGAAAGACCCACCUUCAUUUUGAUCAAAUUGAAAAGAUGACUGAUAUUGCAAAUGCAGAAGUGUAACUUUUAUCUGUGACUGAAGUUUCUAAAUGGUAUGCAUGUACUUCAAACAGGAAUCAAUGCAUUUUACUGUAAUCUUGACUCAUUGUGUUUCAUCUGUCCUCCAACAUGAUGCCAAGGGCCUCAGCGCUACGUUUAUCGUUUACUUUACUUUAACGUAGACCUACGAUAAUUAUUGCGCUGAGAUCGCUUUGUGAAAUCGGCCCCAGCAGUCCAUUAUGAUUAUGAAGCAGGCUUGACACCUUGUGAUGUUAUCUGAUCAAGGACAAAUUGUCACCUUGAAAAUCCCGCUGAGUAGAUUUUGUAAUAUACAUAUACCAGUCUAAAAUAUAGACGAAAACAGCCUUCUAAAUUCAUGCUAGUCCGAGACAACUAACAAAGAAUUCAAUUUCUGUAGUCCUCAUAGACUAGUACCAUUGGAGGGCUAUAGUUCUGAACCAGUUCUCAAUGCUUCAAAAACUCAAUAAAACUGACAGAGCAUGUAAACACCGUAAACUAUGCCUGGUUGGCAACAAACAGGACUAGUGAAAUAAGGUUGGCACUCGCACUCUGAACUUAUCUGUGAAAAAUCAAGUUUCUAAGGCUGUGAAUAACAGGAAGAAUAUGGUGUUUGUAGUUAAGCAUUCCCGUAUUUACUGUGAGUAAUCUAGUCCUCCUUGGGUGUAGUUGGCCUCUGGAGAUCACCUGUCUGUGUAUUGAUAUCUUUAUGUCACCGGUCCUUGUAUAUCACAAUAAUAAAAAGAAUUCAGUGAAUACAAUUUUAUAUUCUUCUGUUCUUGACUAUAGUUAUCACUUAUUGGUCGUACUGAGGUAAGAUUAUCGGACUUAGAUGCAUAAUCUGUUCGUCAUUUUCCUUUAGAAAUAACAGCUUUUGUUUAAAUAAUUUUAAUAAGUAUUCGAGCAACUUGAUUUAUUUAAGAUCUUGUGUUAAUUUAUAGCAAAACAUUAUUCCAUACAAAUAUGGAGAGCCAACAAUUUCUUUGGUUACAAUUUUCUGAACCGUUAAGGCCACAACCACUUCACUCAAACCUAAAAUAAGAACUAAAAUGAAUUUGGAUUCGAUCCAACCUUUUUUAUCAUUGUCUUGUUUAUCUUCCGUGCAAAUUUUGGGCACCUGUCGCCCAGGUUUCUGAGGCGCGGUAAUGUAUCACUUCAGGAUUUCCUCCCACAUCAAGCUGACAUGCCAUGCUAUAACUGGGAUACUGUUAAACGCAACCCAUGCCUGUCAUAAGAGGCGGCUCUGCCUGAAAGAUGCGACUAAAGGGGACGGGUGGUCAGGCUCGCUGACUUGGUUGAUGCAUGUCAUCGUAUCAAUCACUGGAUAGUCUGGUCCAGAUUCGAUUAUGAACAAACCACCGUCAUAUAACUGGAAUAUUGGGCGUUAAACAACAAACAAAAGACAAUUAAAAAGCUGUAAAACCAAACUCACCCCGCGCAAAUAUGGUGAUGUAUAAAACUAUUGAAGGCCCCAAAGCAUCUAUUAGGAACAUUCAUCUGUAAUCCAUUUUGAAUUGUUAUUAAUAUGUACAAACUUUUGAUCAUGUUGAUAAAACUCAAGGGAUUCUCUUGAGACGAAACUUCAUUAAAAUAUUCUGCCUCGUCUUUCAUGUUAAUUUGGCACAAAUAGUCAAGCAACUGGUAUUAUAUAUGCUGUGGCCUCGGGAACAAAAGUUGUGUUUCCAGAUGUACCAACUUUCAAUAAUUCAUAUAAAUUUCUAAUACACCCUGCACUAAAACUGUCUGCUUUUUGAAUGAACUAUGCUGAUUUUGAUUUAUGUAUUUAUGUCAAUAAAAUAUGAAAUAUUUA